UUGUUCUAACGUCGUCUUUUUUUAAUCACAGCAUCUGCUUCCAAUUACAAUCUAGCUGACCUCUUCUUUCUCAAACACCAACCACCAAUUCUAUCCAGCCUCAAUCAUGGCUCCCCACGCUAGCGAUGCUGUUGCCAGCAACGGCGCUGCAUCCCGCUUCCACGCCUCUUCCACCGAAGCCGCCAUUGCCGCCGAGAACCAGUUUGCGGCUCACAACUACUCGCCUCUCCCCGUCGUCUUCUCCAAGGCCCAGGGCGUCAAUGUCUGGGAUCCCGAAGGCCGCCAGUACCUGGACUUCCUGUCUGCCUACAGCGCCGUCAACCAGGGCCACUGCCACCCCGAGCUCGUCAAGGCUCUCGUCGACCAGGCCUCCCGCCUGACUCUGAGCUCAAGAGCCUUCCACAACGAUGUUUUCCCCAAGUGGGCCGAGAAGGUCCGCAGCGUCUUCGGCUACGACAUGGUGCUGCCCAUGAACACUGGCGCCGAGGCCACGGAGACUGCCAUCAAGAUUGCCCGCAAGUGGGCUUACAAGGUCAAGGGCGUUGAGGAGGGCAAGGCUUUGGUCUUUUGCGCUGCCGAGAACUUCCACGGCCGAACUAUGGCCGCCAUCACUCUGUCCACCGAUCCCGAGUCCAAGGACAACUAUGGCCCCUAUGUCCCCAACAUUGGCGCCACCUCUCCUUCCACUGGCAAGGCCAUCCGCUACAACAACGUGGCCGACCUAGAGGAGGUUUUGGAGGCCCAUGGCAAGGAUACCGCCGCCUUCAUCGUUGAGCCCAUCCAGGGUGAGGCCGGUGUUGUUGUUCCCGACGACGACUACCUCACCAAGGUCCACGCUAUUUGCAAGAAGCACAAUGUUCUCCUCAUCUGUGACGAGAUCCAGACCGGUAUUGGCCGAACUGGCCGCAUGCUCUGCUCCGAGUGGUCGGGCAUUAAGCCUGACAUGGUCACUCUUGGAAAGGCCAUCUCCGGCGGCAUGUACCCCGUCAGCGCCGUCCUGAGCAGCAAGGAGAUUAUGCUGGUUGUUGAGCCCGGUACUCAUGGUUCAACCUACGGCGGUAACCCCCUGGGCUGUGCAGUAUCGAUCCGAGCUCUGGAGAUUCUUGAGGAGGAGGACAUGACUGCCAAGGCCGAGCGUCUUGGUCAUCUCUUCCGUGAUGGCGUGGCCACACUCAAGUCGCCCAUUAUCAAGACGGUUCGCGGCAAGGGUCUGUUGAAUGCCGUUGUCAUUGACGAGGCGGCUGCUUCAGGCCGCACUGCAUGGGACCUUUGUCUUCUGUUGAAGAGCAAGGGCCUCUUGGCCAAGCCAACCCACGGAGAUAUCAUCCGUUUUGCGCCUCCCCUCGUCAUCACUGAAGAGGAGCUUCGCAAGGGUCUCAACAUCAUUGCUGAGGCUCUGAAGGAGCUGCCCACCGUCGCCAAAUCCGAGGGUCACUAAAUGACAAGUGACAGCUUUUCCUCUAGCAGUCAGUCUGAAGGAGGAAAAGUUCAGAGCGUACCGUCCUACGGGAAGUAGACGCCGCUGCCUCGUGAGCGCGAGCUCCGGGAAUUAUGAGGGCGACCCACGCGAAAAGAGAGACGAGGAAUUUCCUUUUUGAUUUACACGUCAAACAUAUAAGAUACCCAAGGGAUAGCCAGGACCGGUCAUGAAGCAGCAUAGGAACGGGAGCAUAUUAUGGAUUACUGUUUUGGGCUUGUUUUGUUAUUUCUAUUUGUUUCUUCUUCUUCUUGUUGUUUUUUAUUUUGCAUUCUGCGUCGGACUAUGUUCCCUGUUUUCUAAAAAGAACCAGGUCGGGCGGAUCUUCGUCCGCGGCGCAGAGAGUGUCAGUAGUGUAGGUAUGCCUUGGUUAGAAGGCAUGAAACGAUCAAUUAACAUGAAUUGUGGUGGAAUAU